UAUAACCUUGGUCGUGGUAGACAAAUGAAAAUACCAAAGUUGCCGUACAACUAGUUUUUGAGUUAUCAAAACAGCUGUUUUUCAAUCGCAGAUUUUCGUUCACCAUUUGUCCUAACUCAAUUUUCCUAGUAAAUGUGAUCUCAAACGACAUUAAACAUUUCACUACUUUCAUCUAUUACUAAUUUGUAAGUAAAACCAUUUUUUAUUUUAUCAUUAUAUACAAAUACAAAUUACCUAUUAGCUAAUUUAAAAUAUAUUAUUACAGCUCUGAAUGGCGAUGUCAACAUUAAAGACGCCGGUUCUAAACGGCAUCGCUAAACGUUGCUACUCCAAUAAAGCGGCAGCGUUAUCCAUCAAAGGACCAGACGUACAAACUAAAAAAUUACCCAACAACACUUUGGUUGUAGCUGUUCCAAAUUAUCCUACAAAGAUUGGGCGUAUUUCUGUUACAUUCUUGUCCGGAUCACGCUAUGAAGACCCAGAAAACGCCGGUCUUGCUCAAUUGCUUCGCAGCUCAGCUGGACUCACUACACAAUCAUCAACUACUUUUGCAAUCCUAAGAAAUUUAGGUCACUUAGGUACUAAUUAUCUUGUAACUUCUGAUCGUGAGACCAUUACGUAUACAAUUGAAGCACACAAGGACAAUCUUUCAAGUGGUUUGAGAUAUUUUAUUGAUUCAAUUUCAAACCAAUCUUUUAAACCUUGGGAAUUGACUGAUAAUUUAAAACGUUUGGAAUAUGAACUCUUGACCAUACCACCAGAAUUAAGAGUUUUAGACUUGGCUCACAAAGCGGCUUACAGAAAUGGUCUAGGUAACACAGUAUUUUUGCCUAAAUAUAACAUCAAAAAACUUGGAAGUGAACAUCUUUUGUAUUACGCUAAAAAUAAUUUAAAUAGCAACAACGCUAUUAUAUCCGGUGUUGGAGUGGAUUUGGAUACAUUGGCACUUAUUUCAGAAGAUUUGAAUUUACCCAAUGGUGAACGAAAAAAUGUGUCUAAAGCCAAAUACUUUGGCGGUGGUGAUAUAAGAAAAUCAAAACCUUUGGAUACUACAUACUUGGCUGUUGUUGGUGAAGGGGUAAGUUAUAAAGACCCACAAAGUGCCGCAUUUGCUGUACUUGAAUUUUUAUUAGGCAAAGGAUCAUCUGUGAAAUGGGGAGUUGGUCAAGGAGUUUUGGAACAAAGUAUUUUAAAAACAAAUGCUUCUGAGAACUUUGCUGUGACUUCUUUGAACUAUAACUAUUCUGAUUCUGGUCUUUUCGGUUUUCUCUUGGCCUACAACGGUAAAGAUGUCAGUAAAGUAUUAAAGGCUGCCGUUCAAAGUUUAAACUCUCCUACAAUCACUGACAGUGAAGUGAACAGGGCUAAAAACCAAUUAAUUUACUCAUUAGUCGCAUCUUCUGAAUCUGGCGCUGGAAUUUUAGAAAACAUCACUAACCAAGCUGUUGUUUCUGGAGAAGUAGUACCUUUUGAAAAGUUAAUUGCUGCUGCUGAAGCAGUCAGUGUUGAGGAUGUAAAGAAAGCAGCUAGCAAAAUAGCAAGCAGCAAGUUAUCAUUAGCUGGUUAUGGUAAUGUAGCACACACCCCUUACUUGGACAAUUUGUAAUUUAAUCAUUUGUGAACCCUUGUUUGUUAGUAAAAUAUAAAAAUCUAAAUAUAUUUUUAUUUUUAAAUAAGGAUUUUUUUUGUUCUAUAUUUAUUGUUUAUUUUAACUGAAUACAUUUAUUAGUUAUUGAUAUUAUAAAUUGUUACCUUAGCGUAAUGUAAACUAUUAAACAUAAUAUAACAUUAUAAUUUAACAUUAAAAGUCUUAACUAUACUAAAGUAAUUGUAUUAACAGAACUUUUUACAAGCAAAGCUCAACAAAUUCUUGAUUUCAUCAAACAAAAUAUUAAAGCCAGCUGAAGUCUGUCAUUUAAGUCAAAACUUUAAUUACAAAAUCACAAUAUUACAUUAUUCAAGUUAAUACUUAUUGUACUUAAAAUUGUAUUAUUACCUAAAGUCUAUACAAAUAACAUGUUAUUUAAGCUCUGAAAAAUGAAUUUAGUAUAGUUUUUUUAGAUUCUGAGUGGAAGUGUAAUGGAGUAAUGUAUUGGUUUUAUAAUGAUAUUUAUUAUUUUUUUUUUUUCCAUUGACUAUUUUUCUACCAGAAAUUUUGUUCCAAUUUACAAUAAUAGUGCUUUUAGAAAAAGAUAAUUUGACUGUGUAAAUAAUUUUUCGAAUGGGAAAAUAGGUGUAGUAGAAACUUGAUUUACCGUCAGUCACUAGACCGGGAUUAUGACAGUUAAUCAAAUUAUCGGUUAACAGAAAUUUUUCAAUAAAUGUACAUAUAUCUUACAACGUGUGUAUUUGCAGACAAAAUUAAUCUAAUAAUAUUAAAUAAAAAUAAUACCAUACUAAAAAUAAUUCAUCAUCUUAUUCUGUUUCUUUUUUUGAGCAGCAAUGUCUUGUAUUUUAUGGAGAAGUAAGAUGGUGACGGAUCAUAGAUAACAGAGAGUGGCGGUUAAUUGAGUUUUUACUGUACAAUAUUAAAGAAAAUAUUUAAUGCAUAUCUAAUUAUUUUUCUAUAAUAUGACAUAUAUUGUUGACAAAGCAAUAUUAUCAAUUGAAGUCCGCUCAGUAUUGUUUUUUUCAUUAGCAAUUAAAUUUACUCUCAAUUACUUUACCAACUUCUUACCUAUAAUAGUGGCUGCACCCAUCUUCAUUAUCUAAAGACAGCCUGGUUUUUUUUUUUUGCAUUUAAGAGUAUAUUUUAUAUGUGUUGUUCUUAAAACACAGAUUGACUGAUGAUUUACCAGAUAAUAUUAUCAUUUACAUCAUUCCUUCAGCGAAUAAUCAAUCAUAUUACAUUAUUACCUAAGAUCAACCGAUUAUACAUAAUAAUGGUGUAUUAACAAUUAUAAAUUCUAAGGU